UUGACUGGUAGCAGAGAUGAAUCAGAUGACAUUUGACAAGGAGAGUUCAAUGGCAAAUACCAUGAAGCAUGAGCAAACUAUUGACAUUCCGGACGCUUCUAUGGCUUCCCGUUCAGAUCUACUUGGAAAUAGAGAAGAGUACCUAAACUUGGUUGUCCCAUUAUAUCAAGCAUCACUUAGUGGUGACUGGGAAACGGCAAAGAUCAUCUUUGAUGAACGCCGAGAUUUGGUGCAGUAUGAUGUCAUGGAGAAUCUUGGCACAGCGUUACAUGUGGCAGCCACAUCGGAAGAGACCAAGCAGACCUUAAAUUUUGUGAAGAAUCUAGUAAAUAUGAUGACAAGGGAAGAGCUGGAACUCAAAAAUAAGCUUGGCAACACUGCUUUUUACGUAGCAUGUGUCUUUGGGAACACGAAAAUGGCUAAGAUUAUGAUGGAAAAGAAUAACGCCCUGUCAACCAUCCGUGGUUCUCAUGAAUAUUUGCCAUCGUCCGCCAGUGCUUUAGCCGGGAAACAGUGGCGAAGCUUGACCCGAAUGACCGGGGGGUCGAAAACGUAUAUACCAAAAAAAUUCUAUAGAACCGGGGGGUCGAAAACGUAUACACCCAAAAAUUUCUAUACAAAAACUACAUAUAUAACACUACUAAGCGAAAAGUUCGGGGGGUCGGGCGCCCCUCCCCGCCCCUUUUAUCCUUCGCCAAUGCCGGGAAAUACAGCUCAGUGAAGUAUCUUUAUGAUCAUUCUCAGAAAAUGACGGGCGAUCAUUGGACAUAUGAUGAUCUGCAAUUUACACUACGGCAUUGUGCAGAGAGUGGCUUCUUUGAUAUUGCCUUCCAAAUCGUGGAGGACCAUCCAGAACUUGAUCUGGAUGUCAGGACUUUUCUUGGAAUUUUGGCUCAGAAGCCUGAAGGAUUUGAUAGAGUAGAAAAGAGUUUAAGCACGAGAAUCAUAGAAUCAAGUAAGCAUUAAUUAUGUUUCUAGAUAGACGUAGUACGUCUCUCAUUUAUAGUACUCAGGUUUUUCUUUAAUGUGGAGUAUUAGUUGUUCCUUGUUUUGCAUGUGUCUUCAGCAUUUGGAUUUUUUCGUAUGAAACUACAUGAAUCUGCGGCUGAAGAAGAUACCUAUGCACUGAAAUUACUAGAAACCAUUUGGGGACAUGCUACGAGAACAAUGAACCUUGAUGAUAUUGAGCUUAUGCUUAAAGGGCCUCCCACUUUCUGGAGUGAUGAACCGUCCUAUGAGUCUAGAAUAUUAUUUGUUGCUGCAGAAGCAGGCAACACUAGAUUUAUAGUUGAGUUGCUUCGAACCUAUCCUAAUCUCAUGCUUCAUAAAGAUGAUGAUGGACACACUAUAUUUCAUAUAGCUGUUAUGUACCGUCAUCUAGGUAUCUAAAACCUAUUGUAUGAGGUCGGCGACUACAGGAACGAAAUAUGCGUAUCUGAAGCUAAAUAUGAUAAUAAUAUGCUUCAUUUAGUCGCACGUUUGCCUAGGUCCAGUUCAAGGUUCAUGGCAGCUAAGAGAUCUGAAGCAUCUCUGCUGAUGCAACGACAAGUAUUGUGGUUCAAGGAAGUUUAUGACAUGCUGCCACCUUAUUUGAGGGAAGCGACGAACCGUGGUGAUGAAACACCAUUUGGAAUAUUCUGUCAACAAAAUGAAAAACAAGUAUCAAGUGGAUUGCAAUGGAUGAAAGACUGCAUGGUUGUUGCCACACUUAUCAUCACCGUUGCAUUUGCAGUAGCCUUUACGGUUCCAGGUGGCUACAACCAAGACCAUGGACUUCCUCUUUUCAUUCAUCGGCGUGACUUCCUAGUUUUUGUUAUAGCAGACGCCAUUUCUUUGUUCUCUUCCUCAACCUCACUCCUAGUGUUCUUGUCAAUCCUCACAUCUGGUUACGAACAACUUGAUUUCCUUUUUUCAUUACCCAGAAAGCUAUUGGCAGGUCUACUAUCACUUUUCAUCUCCGUAGCAGCAAUGAUGGUAACUUUUAGUGCAAGUUUCUUUGUGAUGUACCAUCAGGGGUUGAAAUGGGUUCCAAUCCUUAUUGCUGCAUUUGCUACCAUACCCGUCCUCGUGUUUGCAAUAAUGCAGUUUCAUAUUUUGGUGGAUAUGUUUCGCUCUUUGUAUGAUCCUCGAUAUCUCUUUAAUCCCAAGAAACGUAUGCUUUACCCCAUAAAACAGAGGUUACCGUCUAAUAACUCUCCUUGGUGGCGGUUCCAGUAUAAAAGCGUCAUUAAAAGUAUAUUUUCCAAACGAUGUUGAUGUUGGAGAUAAUUCUGAAAACGAAGAGUUGGGGAGAAGUAAAGAUAAUCAGGAAAACACAAAAGAUAAAGGAAGUUUGAGAUGUUUAGUAGAGAUAACUGAGUUGUGUUUAUUUUUAUUUAGAAGUUAGAGAUUUGAGUCUAAGUGGGUUUCCUAUUGUUCAAGCUUGUUUAGUAUAAAUAAAGAGGUAGGACUAUGUAUUUUGGUGUGGUUUUUCCUUCUGUAUAAAACAAAAGAGUCGUGGGAGUUUCCACAAAAAUUAUCGUUGUAUUUUCGUGUGAUCCUGGCUAACAGCUGAUGUUGGAUUGAUUAAUCGUAUACCCAUAUCGUUUUAUAUAGCUUA